ACCGCCAAAAGCGCGCGCAAAUCGCAAAACAUGGCGCGUAAACUCCUCUUACGUCAAUUUAAACAACUUCGAUGUAUUAGGAGAUUCUCAUCAAGUGUUACUCUUAAAAAUCAAGAGCAAUAUGUUAUUAAAUCACCGUUAGAAGAUAUUGUUGUUCCUAAUAUGAGGUUUUUGGACCGUCUCUGGCUGGAAUCGUCGAGUUUUAACAAUCAUGUUGCAAUUGAAUGUGCGGAAUCAAAGAAAAACUACACAUAUCAACAGUUGCAGAAGAAUAUGGCGGUGUUCGCGACAUCGCUAAGGAAGAAACUGGGCUUGAACCCAGGCGAUGUGGUCGCGGCAAUGCUACCGAAUUGUCCACAAUUCCCUGUAGUGGCGUUCGGUGCUUUACAAGCUGGAUGUGUUGUAACUCCUAUUAAUCCAAUUUAUAAAGAACUCGAAGUUACCCAUCAAGUUUCAACAACUUGUCCAAAAGCAUUUGUUACUAUACCACAAUGCUACGACACCGUCGUUAAAGGUCUUAAGAAUGCUAAAAUAGAUGCCAAAAUUAUUAUUAUUGAUAAUCCAGCAGCACCAAUACCAGAAGGUGCGAUACGAUAUUCGGAAAUAUCGGAAUCUGGUGAAGCAGAUUAUGGUCUUUUAGAUAAAGUUGAUAAGAAGAAAGAUGACGUCGCUUUUAUACCUUUCUCAAGUGGUACUACAGGUUUGCCAAAAGGCGUUGAGAUAACUUAUGAAAAUCUUUUAGCUGCUAUUGAAAUUAUGCAAAAUAAGAGGAACUCAUAUCCGAUACUCACUCAAGGUGACUUUCAGGAUGUUGUCCCUUGUAUACUACCUUUCUUCCACAUUUAUGGUCUAGUGGUAGCUUUAAUUGGACAUUUGGCGAAGGGAUGCAAACUGAUUUCUUUACCGAAGUUCUCUGCGAGCGUGUACCUUGAUGUGUUGGAUAAACAAAAGCCAACAUUAUUGUAUGUAGUGCCACCUAUCGCAAUCCUACUUGGCAAGCAUCCGGAUGUGAAAGCGGAACAUUUCGAGAGAGUAAGAAAUGUUAUAUGCGGGGCAGCUCCUUUAGCUGAUUCUGAUGUUCAUGCUAUUUUAGAGAAGUGUAAACGUAAGGUAGAGUUUUAUCAAGGUUUCGGUGCAACGGAGACAACAUCGUUAGCGACAACCACACUGAUGGAUGCACCGAUCCUGGAUUAUUCUGCAUGCGGCGUGCCCAUGGCCAGUGUCCAGCUGAAGUUCGUUGACCCGCUCACCGGGAAUCCUGUUCCUAUUGGAGAGCCCGGUGAAAUGUACGUUAAGAGUCCGACCAUAAUGAAAGGAUAUCACAAGAACGAGAAAGCAACCAAAGAGACAUUAACUGAAGAUGGUUACUUUAAAACUGGCGACUUAGGAUAUUAUAAACCAGAAACUGGACUUUACAUAACUGACAGGAUAAAGGAGCUAAUUAAGGUUAAAGGUAUGCAAGUUGCCCCCGCAGAAUUAGAGAGCAUACUGCGUUCACAUCCUGCGGUACAAGAUGCGGCUGUUAUUGGUAUCCCUCAUGAAUUAUACGGUGAAGUUCCUAAGGCUUUUAUUAUUCGUAAAAAUGGCAAAGAAACUUCCGCAGAAGAACUACAAAGCUUUGUUGCUGAUAGAGUAGCGGUGUUCAAGAAGAUAGAAGAAGUUGCCUUUGUUAAAGAUAUACCUAAAACGACAACGGGAAAAAUAUUGAGAAAAGACUUGAAGAAAAUGUAUGCAUAGUACUUGUGUUUAGGCUGUGAUCUAAUUUUAUAUGUGGAAUUCACAGUGAUAUUAAGAUGUUGUCUCUUUUUUUGUUUAAGAGAAUAAAAGAGAUGCCAAUAUGUUAAUACAAAUGUUAGCAUUGGGUUAAAUUUACAUUUUUUAAAUUAAAAUUAUUAAGAAAACAUAUUAAUUAGGGGUAAAAACUUAUACAAAUACGUAUAAUAUUGGUUAUUUCGUACUGAAAUUUUGAAAUUUUAUUAAAUAGUUAUUUAUCUGUUUGUUGUAUUUUAAUGUUUUUAUUUUUGGUGUCUUGUUUUUAUGGUGUUUGUAAUAAAGUACGGCAUCAACUGUCGACUUCGUUUUGUAAAAUAUUUUGUAAAAAGUAACGAUAAUCGAUUACAAGACAAUUUUACAGACAUUUUAAAUAUUUUAAAGUGUCCAUAAUGUCAAUAACUGACUGCCAUUUAACUGGCAUAGACAACACUAACUGGCGCCAGUGAUUCAAUACAAUCUAUACCUGGCCAGGGCUACUGUCCAACUGUUCUGGCUAAGUGAACCAGGCAUUAUGAACACUAACAUGUCUAACUAGCUUUUGCCCGCGACUUCUUUCGCGUGUUCUACUAGACUAUCCUAGAGGAUGACCACUAUGUCAAAUUUCACCCAGAUCCGUUCAGCUGUUUAGGCUACAAACUCCAAAGCAUCCAUCCAUCUAAACUUUCACAUCUUACUAAUAUUAGUAAGAUUGUACAAUCGACUUGUAACUGAUUAACGAUGCUUUUUAUACAUUUUUGAUAUAUUUUACGGAGAAAUUAAAGUGUUUUUGAAUAUCUUCACAUUUUGAUUUGAUUGAAAAAGGUUUGUAAAUCUAUAAAAUCGUUGUUUAGUAUUCUUUAUAAGAAGUUGUUAGUUUUAAGAUAUAGGUGUCUUUAAUAAGCACUGGAUGGUUUAAGGAUUUUCCUUCAUCAUGUUAUUAACAAAAUAAU